UUAGACUAUUCAGUCAUACAUACCCUCUCUCUUAUUCCCAAGUACUCUAUCUCUCUCUACGUUUUUGAGAUGGAUAAUUUGAGCAUGUUACUUCCGGGAUUUCGCUUCCAUCCGACUGAUGAAGAAUUGAUUCUACAUUACCUAAACCCGAAAGUUCUCAACUCCCCUUUGCCAGCCGCUGUCAUCCUUGAGAUUGACAAUGUCUGCCAAUCUGAUCCUUGGAAUUUGCCUGGUGGUUCAGAUGGAGAGAGGUACUUCUUCAGCUCAAGAGAGGUGAAGGACGGCAGCGGGAACAGGUGCAGCAGAGCCACCUUGUCGGGCUACUGGAAAGCCACUGGUAAUGACAAGAAAAUCGCCGCUUCCGGUGAGGCUCAGCGCGUCAUUGGAAUCAGGAAAACUCUGGCGUUCUACAAAGGAAAGCCUUCCAAUAGUUCCAAAACAGAUUGGAUCAUGCACGAGUAUCGCCUGGCUGACGCCCCUCAGGCAAAUUUGGUGUUGUGCCGCAUCUUCUUCAAGAAGAGGGACAACAGCAGCCGAGCUGCGAGUCUUAUACCAGCAUUCCGCGAUUUCUUCGCUGCAGAGAGAGCCGAUUUGAGUCUGGCUCCGGCUUCCUCAUCCUCCUCGCGCUCCAGUCCGGUUAGUGAUCACCAGGAAGCCACCAGCUGCUCAAGUUUCAAGGGAGAGUAGUUUCUUUGGAGUAAUUUCCGUUUUCUAGAAUUUCUUUUCAGGAUAAGUUGGGAGAUGUA